UGACUUUUUGCUCACUUAGUCACCCGUAGUAAGAAACUUGUAUUUUCUCUAAUCAUUCACCAUCAGCUCCAUAACUCAAACCCGACUCAUUGACCCGCCCCUCUCAAAAAAUCAAACCUCUAUCAUUCAAAAGUCUACAUUCUUUUACAGUGAACUCUCAAAAACCCGCCCCUCUCAAAAUAAUCAAACCUCUAUUGCCGCCGUCAAAUUCGCCGCCGCCGACAAUUCGCCGCCGCCUGAGUCGAAGAGAAACCCAGAAAACAUGGGAGAAAUCGAAGGAGACAACAAAGAAAAAGUAACACCAGGAGAAAUUUUAGGAAAAGCAUCCGAGCUUAAACCUGGUAAAGGUGCUUACGUUGCCGCUGAUGCUGCCGGUGUUAACCUUGUUUACGCUUCUCUUACUGGUUACCGCACUAUCUCUCCUCCUCCUUCUGAUUCUACUGACAAGAGGUCAGUCGUGGAGGUAACCGGUCAUAAACCGCAUGGUGCAGUCCCUGAACCUGGCUGCACAGUUCUUGCACGGGUUAAAAAGGUGAUGGCUAAAAUGGCUUCGGCGGAUAUCAUGUGUGUUGGUAGCAAGUCUUUUAGAGAAAAUUUUACAGGCGUAAUUAGACAGCAGGAUGUAAGAGCAACCGAGAUUGACAAGGUCGAUAUGCAUGCUUCAUUUCGAGCUGGUGAUAUUGUUAGGGCAGUGGUUCUAUCCCUGGGGGAUGCAAGGGCCUAUCACUUGUCAACGGCAAAAAACGAAUUGGGAGUUGUUUCUGCUGAAAGCACUGCAGGUGAGACAAUGAUUCCUAUAAGUUGGACAGAGAUGCAAUGUCCUGUGACUGGCCAAAUUGAGCCGAGAAAGGUUGCCAAGGUUGGAAAUUGAGACCCAGCAUUCUUUCACCGUAGAUCUUAGGAAUGAUAAGCUCUUUGUAAAGCUGAAUAUUGUCAUAAAGAAAUCGCCGCAGUUUGUUACAUUUAUUGUGAGCUCUUGUUCUAGGAAUCAGUCAGGCUUUUGUUUGGUGUUGAUAGAGCAUGAUUUAGGAAAUACUACAUGAUUUAGUAGCUGCAGAAUUCAGCUCGAUAAUUACAACAGUGACAUGAUUAUUUGACCUAUUGUAAUUGCUUCUGCUGCAAUGCCAGUUAGUAUUUAUGGAUGAGCUAAAAAGGAUUUAUGCCUGGAUAUAUCAAAUUGAACAUUCUUAUUGAUAA